GGGAAACCCCCCUGGAUUUUUUACAAAACUGUAAAGCUACCACUAACAAGGAUCUUAUAUUAGACUCCUCUCCUCCUAGUUUGUUUGGUGACGGUCAAAAGAGGUUGAUAAUAGAAAAGCUCAACCAUGGAUUGGCAGAAAACAUUAGCUAAAUUUAAUAAAGAAAAAGAAUUUGGAGACGACAUUAAAGGUGAUGGAAACUGCUUUUACCGUUGUCUGGCAGAAAUCCUUUAUGGAAGUCAAGAGAGGCAUAAGCGGAUACGGCAAGAAAUAAUUCAGUACAUGUCAGAUGACGAGUGGAUGACCAAAGAAGAAAAAAUUAAUAGAUAUAGAAAAUUUAUGACUAAAAAUGACUGUUAUGAUGACUAUUUAACACUUCAUAGUAACAUUGGAAAAUGGGCGGAAGACGUUAUAAUACAGGCAAGUGCAGAUAAAUACUGCCUGCAUAUUUUUGUAUCAUUCUACACAAAUCACAAUGAAGUCAUACGUACAGUAGCCAAACCUGUACAAGCAGAAAGGGAAAAUUACAAGAGAAUUUUUUUGAAAUUGGAAAAUGGCCAUUACACUAUAAUUUCAAAAGAUCUAAAGGUAUCGCCUGAAGAACCUUGGUUUGAUUUAUUAGGUCCGCCAGCAGAUGGACCAGAACAAUAUGAAUAUAGCAGUUUGGCCUUGGAUUAUAACAAGUGUUUUACCAAACAAGGAAAAUUUGAACAAAUUUAUAAUUUGAAAUAUAUUGGUAUUUUAAGAGAUGAAAACUCCUUUCUUAGAUGUUUAUCAUAUUUGCUGAAUGGAGAUCAAGACAAGCACGACCAAAUUAGAAUGAAAAUAAUUAAAUUUAUGUCUAAUGAUAAAUUACUGUCCAAAGCAGACAAAUUAAAAAGAUAUGGAAAACUUAUGGAUGAAAAUGAUGACUAUAACUCGUAUUUAGAACUUCAUAGUCAAAAUAAUGAGUUGGCGGAUGAUCCCAUAAUGCAAGCGAGUGCAGAUAGAUACGGUCUGGAUAUAUAUGUGUAUUUUUACCGAAAUUCCAAUUGUAUCCAACGUAUGAGAGCCAAAUCACUACAACCCAGAACAGAGGAUAACAUGAAAAUAUUUCUAAAAUUUGAAGAUUAUUAUUUUUCCUUUGCAGAAGAUCAAUAUGAGUUACCGGACGAAGACUGGUUUGACUUAUUAUUUUCAUUGGAAGAUGGAACAGAAAAAUUUGACGAAUGUGAAAGUUUGGAUUUGGACAAUUGGAAGAAUAUUAUUUUAUAUGGAGACAGAAGAAGCAACAGUUUAUAUUUCGAUAGAAUUAAAGAAUUUGAAAGAGAAAAAAUAAUUACCAAAGAACUCAAGAAGAAGUGGAAUUUUAAAGUUUUUGAAGAACCCACUUGGGAUGUUAACUACAUUGCUAACCAUAUUGCUGAUGAAAACCUCCCUGGAAAAAAUGGAUCGGCUUAAAUUGUUUGGAAAAGAUGGAAACGCAACAAGGAGACCAAACAUAAACUAUCCAGAAAACUAUCAGCAAAUGAAUGUGGUGUUUCUUUCUGAAUAAAAUUGAUUUUUUUUAACAUUUACGGAUGUUUUUACAUUGAAUAUUUUGAGUUCUUAUAUGUACAAAUAAUGUUGCUCUACAAAAGUAUUUAAAUCAACACUACAUCUACAAAAUGUACAUCUUUAGUUCUGCUCUUUAAAAAAAACAAACGAAAACAUGUUUCAAUCGAAUAUAAGUUGUAAUUUUAUAACCUGUCAGUCUUUUCAUAGCGACCAAUUACUUCAAAUUCUUCCUCAUUAAAACCGUAUCAUCUUCAAUGAUUUUUAAAGUGACAUGCACAUGGUCACAAUUUAAGUCAAUUUUUUUAUAUUAUUGUUUAUAAUGUUUCAGUAAAACAUUCGUGAUAACUGACCAAAAUUGUAGAGUUACAAAUGUACCUAAAUGUAGUUUGGAGAUUCAUAACUCACAAUUCUUUGUUAUGUGCAAUGUUUUUGUUAAAAUUGGUUCAAUUUACAGUGAAAAAGGUUCUUUUUGUAGCUCUUUUUUUAUAUCUGCUAAUAAGUUUUGGACAUAGAUCCUAGCGUUUGUCACAUUCAUUUCAGGUAAAAACGAAAAAAAUGAAAAUGUAAACAAAAACAAAACCUGAGCUCUGUUUACGUAACCAAUAGUUGUGAGCUCUGUAUCUCACUUAUAACUCGACGACUGACGUUCAAACUCUUGAUGAAUACUAGACAUGCCUUAUUCAAUCAUUUUAGAUAUUUAAAACGGAAAAAAAUUAACCAAAAUUGUGACCAUGUCCCUUUAAACCGCGCUCUACUAGAGAGGGGGGUAUAAUGUUUUACACAAUUUUUGCAUUGAUUUAAUUGAGAUAAAUCUCUAAAAAUCCUCUUAAAUACCCUAAAACACUUUGCCAGAAAAACUGUAACAUGCUUAUGUGUGGAAUCAUACUCAGGUAGGAUCAUGAUCCCAGAACAUAGGAUUACAUAGAAAAUAAAACUCUAUAAUUAAAUGCCUUGACUGUAACUUUAGCGAAAGCAUUUUCAGAUAGUUUGGAUUUAUUUUUGUCAAAAAGAUAGGGUGGGGUCCUUUUUUAGGUUCAAUAGCACAUUUUCGGGUUGUUGCCGGAACACCGUUUUUAUUCUAAAUGUAUACAUCGGGGUCACGUGACUUCGCGAUUUUGUUAAUCAUUGAUACUUUCGGUGAUGGCUGAAACUGGCGAAAGAGGAAAAGCGCGGUUUUUUGUGCAGCCGAGGGGUGUCAUACAAACACUUUAAAAAAAGGAAGGUAUGGUUACAUGCACGAUGUUGAAUUUUUCGCAUUCCCAACACAAAAGAAGGACCCCAAAGGCAGGCGAACAUGGAUUAAUUUGUUACGACGAAAAGAUCAUGAUCCGCCAAGACAUCACCGGGUACGAUUUAUUUGUAAUAUCUCAAAAUUACAAGGACUUUCAUCUUAUCUUUUAAGAGUUAGCGUUACCUUUUUUUAAUCUAUAACUUUACUAUCCAAAUAGGUGUGUUCCCGUCAUUUUGAGGAUGGUAGGCCUACAACAGAAAAAUCCAUACCCUACGUUGUUUUCAUACAACAAUUACAAAGAACCCCUGAAUAGCAGAAGUGGGGCAGCAAUCAACAAACGAGCAUGUAUUAUACACAACCGACAAGAAGAUGAGGAAAGCCAGAGUGUGACAGACUUUGGAACCAGUGGUAGAUGUGAAAUUGUUAGUUAACAUGGAUUCAACAAGCCAUGGAAACCCCCUUGUAGUGUCAGAAGACAUUGUUACUACUGCUGAGUCAGAUAUCACAGGUGUGUCACAGUGCCCACCUGAUCAUGAAUAUGCAUUGACCUCCUCACACGACAACAGAACUCCUCUAGAGACUGUGGAAAUAGGAAUACAGACAGACGUUGGGAUGGCUGAAAUGACUGAACUCCUCAACAUCAAGGAGAAAUCACAGAACCCUGAUGCAGUUUUAGGGGAGUUAUUUACAAACAAAGUUACAGCAAAUGACAAGAGUGUGAAGAAAUACACAGGACUGCCAUCAUAGUCUAUGCUAGAUGGUCUCUAUGAUGUCCUGGCCAAGGCCUCCCCAUGUUUAGUGGUCAAGGCAGUGCUCAGGAAUCCAACUAUCAGCAGAACCAAAAGAAGAAGAAGACAGGACCUUCUAGAAAGCUUUCAAAAUAUGUAGAAUUUAUUAUGACAUUGAUCCGUCUCCGUCUUGCUGUGUUUACCUUUUUUUUAGCAGAUAUAUUUAGCAUAAUGUCAUCUGGUGCAAUUAUUUUUAUUGCAAAUUGAUGGGGUGGCAAUACAUCAGACAGAUAUAUAACAAUGCAUAGUGGUUUUCUUGACAAUGUAAGGCCAGGUCAUGAAAUCAUGGCAGAUAGAGGGUUUUUGAUUAGAGAUCUGUUGUUAGAGAGGCGAGCUAAACUUGUUAUACCUCCUUUUACAAAGAAAUGUAACUGGGACAAAGGAAAGAGGUUGUUACAAAAUGACUUUGUAAAAACAAAAUGUAUCGCUCGUCUAAGAAUUCAUGUGGAACGUGCCAUAGAAAUGUUAAAAAUGUUUCAUGUUUUAAGCAAUACAAUGCCUUUGACAUUAAAGCCACUGUCAAACCAGAUACUUAAAGUUUGUGCAUUUCUCUGUAACUUACAGACACCUUUGGUAAAGAAGUAGAUCAUUUGAAUGUUUUAAAAUAUUUAUUUCUUGUUCAAAAGUGCAUUAACAAUGUAUUUUUCAUAGAUUGUUUUGGAUGUAUUGACAAUUUUUUCAUAAAGUUGACUGUCAAAAUGUAUUCUGUCAACAGCUAUAUUCCCUUUUUAGCUCACCGAGACGAAGUCAAGGAGAGCUUAUGCUAUACCCUCGGCGUCGGCGGUGGCGUCGGCGUCGGCGUCCGGACCUGGUUAAAGUUUUGUUUGUUGCAGGUCCUGUAUCUAAGCUAUUACUUGUCCUAUCUUCACCAAACUUGCAUGGAUGAUGCAUCUGGACCUACUUAUGGACUUGAAAGAUUUGGAUGCUGAAUCUGGGUCCUAAAUUUCAGAUGCUGGAGGAGGUUAAGGUUGUUGGACCAGGUUAAAGUUUUUGUUGCAGGUGCCCUUUGAUAGCAGUAGUUACUGCUGGUCUGUACUUCACCAAACUUGCAUGGAUGGUGUGCCUUAUGAUACUGAUGCACCAGACAGGCUUUAGUGCUGAAUCUGAGCUAUAGGUUUCGGAUGCUGGAGGAGGUUAAGGUUUUUGGAGCAGGUUAAAGUUUUUGUUGCGGGUGCCCAUUGAUAGCAAUAUCUAAGUUACUACUGGUCCUAACUUCACCAAACUUGUAUGGAUGAUGCGUCUUAUGAUACUGAUGCACCUGACAAGCUUGAAUGCUGAAUCUGAGCAAUAGGUUUCGGAUGCUGGAAGAGGUUAAGGUUUUUAGAGCUGGUUAAAGUUUUUGUUGCAGGUGUCCUCUGAUGAUUAAUCUUAGUUACUACUGGUCCUAACUUCACCAAACUUGUAUGGAUGGUGCGUCUUAUGAUACUGAUGCACCUGACAAGCUUGAAUGCUGAAUCUGAGCAAUAGGUUUCGGAUGCUGGAAGAGGUUAAUGUUUUUAGAGCUGGUUAAGUUUUUAUUGCAGGUGCCCUCUGAUGAUUAAUCUUAGUUACUACUGGUCCUAACUUUACCAAACUUGUAUGGAUGGUGCGUCUUAUGAUACUGAUGCACCUGACAAGCUUGAAUGCUGAAUCUGAGCAAUAGGUUUCGGAUGCUGGAGGAGGUUAAGGUUUUAAGAGCUGGUUAGAUAAAGUUUUUGAAACAGGUGCCCUCUGAUGAUGAUAUCUUAGUUAUUACCUGUCCUUACUUCACCAGACUUCCAUGGAUGGUGUGUCUUAUAAUACUGAUGCACCUGACAGGCUUGAAUGCAUAGUCUGGUUUCGGAUGCUGGAUAAAGUUAGGUUUUAGGAACAGGUCACAUGUUUAAUAGAUGAUAGUACUAUUUCAAACUUGCAUAGUUGAUUUAACUGUAAUAUGAAUGAAUCGCAGAGGUAGCUUCAGAUGCAGAGCUUGAUCUCCAUUAUCAAGGAUGCUAAAAAAUAAAUCUUAGUUAUUACUGGUCCUAACUUCACCAAACUUGAAUGGAUGGUGUGUCUUAAGAUACAGAUGCACCUGACAGGCAUGGAUGCUGAAUCUGAGCCAUAGGUUGCGGAUGCUGGAGGAAGUUAAGGUUUUAAUUGCUAGUGCCCUCUGAUGAUGAUAUCUUAGUUAUUACUGGUCCAAACUUCACCAAAAUUGCAUGGAUGAUGCGUCUUAUGAUACAAAUGCACCUGAUGGGCUUGAAUGCUGAAUCUGAGCCAUAGGUUUCGGAUGCUGGAUGAGGUUUAGUUUUUUGGAACAGGUCACAUGUUUUAUAGAUGAUAGCUUGCAUAGUUGAUUUAACUUUAUUAUAAAUUAAAUGCAGAGGUUGCUUCAGAAGCAGAGCCUGAUCUCCAUUAUCAAGGAUGCUAAAGAAAUCUCCUACCUCACUCAAACCAGCUCGAUAGAUAGAUGUGUUUGUUGAUAAAUGAUAUAACAUGAUUCCUAUGAUAAAAUAUUGUAUGAUAUGAAACAAUAUUGUUUGAUAUGAAACAAUAUGAUAUCAUAUGUUAUAUUAUAAAAAGUU